AGAGUGACCUGUUCAGUUUUUAUAGACAGUCUUUGCACGUUGCCCUUCCUGUUCAGUCAUAACAACAGUGAUGGCGGCCGCGGCACGGUUCUUCAUCCGAGGUGCACCCUUGAAAGUCCCCGUCUCCGGUGUUGGCUGCGGGGCUCAGAGCUGUUUCGAGGCAACUCUGCUGAAAUUGUCUCCGAGCUCCAACUCGCGUACAAAAACACAACGAAGACAUGCCUCGCACUUUACCUUCCAGCCUGACCCCGAACCGACACAAUAUGGUCCUACCCAGAAGAUGAACUUGUUCCAGUCAGUUACAAGUGCCCUGGACAACACUCUCGCCAGUGAUCCAACUGCAGUCAUCUUUGGGGAAGACGUUGCCUUUGGUGGAGUUUUCCGAUGCACAGUGGGUCUCAGAGACAAAUAUGGUAAGGACAGAGUCUUCAACACUCCCCUCUGUGAGCAGGGGAUUGUGGGAUUCGGUAUUGGUGCAGCUGUUGCUGGUGCCACAGCCAUCGCUGAGAUCCAGUUUGCUGACUACAUCUAUCCUGCCUUCGACCAGAUAGUCAAUGAAGCAGCCAAGUACCGCUACCGUUCUGGCAACCUGUUUGACUGCGGCAACCUCACCAUCCGGGCUCCGUGGGGGUGUGUCGGCCACGGCUCCCUUUACCACUCUCAAAGCCCUGAAGCCUUCUUCGCCCACUGCCCUGGCAUCAAGGUUGUAAUACCCCGUAGUCCAGUGCAGGCCAAAGGGCUGCUCCUCGCCUGCAUCGCUGACCAGAACCCCUGCAUAUUCUUUGAGCCCAAGAUCCUGUACAGAGCCGCAGUGGAGCAGGUUCCCGUGGAGCCCUACACCAUCCCACUCUCGCAGGCCGAGAUCCUACAGGAAGGAAGUGAUGUCACUCUGGUUGCCUGGGGGACACAGAUCCAUGUGAUGAGGGAGGUGGCCAAAAUGGCUCAAGAGAAACUGGGAGUGUCCUGCGAGCUCAUCGAUCUACAGACCAUCCUGCCCUGGGACACUGAAACUGUUUGUAAGUCUGUGGCGAAAACUGGCCGUUUGCUCAUCAGUCAUGAGGCACCAAUAACUGGAGGCUUUGCUGCUGAAAUCAGCUCAACAGUACAGGAGGAGUGCUUCCUUAACCUGGAGGCUCCCAUCAGUAGGGUCUGCGGUUAUGACACCCCCUUCCCUCACAUCUUUGAACCCUUCUACAUCCCAGACAAGUGGAAGUGCUUUGAGGCAAUUAAGAAGAUGAUCAACUACUGAACCCCUGUCAGGGGCCAACUUCUGGUAGCCCUGGACUCCAUACCCGCCCUGUUCUCUCCUUAUGCAUCCAGUCAGUGGAGAGGGGCCAGGAAAAGACACUUUGUUAAUCAUCCAAUCAGGAAGCAGAAUUCAGAUAGGCUCCAUAUCCCCCUGUGUAUCCAGGUAAUAGACUGUUACAGCUCCUCUGCAUAGGGAACAUCAUUCUGUUGCAAGGGGAAAAUGACUCCCACUUUAUUUGGUGAAACUCUGCUUUCAACAUAAAACACGUCAUAUGAUUUGAGAGUUGGACACUGUGGAGGAAACGGUCUUUGAUUGAAUUUGUGACUGUCUGCCUCUCUGUGCUGUUACCUUUGGAUGGAUGUGUCCAGCUCUGCUCUAAUCUUUAUUUAGUUUGACAUUAAUUGAACCCUAUUGUACUAAUGUAGUGGAUCUGUGGUUUUUAAUUAAAAUAAAGUAUUAAGUAUUGGUGAAAAC